GCUGCGACCGGCGUGAGUUUGUUAAUGAAGGUGUAGCUGAACAGCAGAUGAGUAAUAAAUGAUGGACUGAAAUCAUUUAGCAGCUGAUAAUACAGUCACAGGAUUGUAUGAGAUUAUCUGUCAGGAGGAAAGAUGAACGUAACGAUCCAGUGAAGGACGGACAGAGCGGUGUCAUGUCAGUGUCACCCACAGGACAGGUGAAACUUCUGGUGUGUCAUCAUGAUGCUGCUGCUACCGUCCAUCUAUCGUGGGAUGUGGAGAGCUGCUGUCCACUCACUUAGGACGAGCAGAGGAACUCAACCUUUAAGGUCCCUGUCCACCUGCGAUGGAGCCCCAGCUGGCCUGGCUGACGCUGACACCAUUUUCGCUUUAUCAUCGGGUCAUGGCAGGUGUGGCGUGGCCGUGGUGCGCAUCAGUGGUCCUGCUUCAGCUACAGCUCUGAAGCGUAUGGCCGGUCACACACAGAGCCUGCCUCGUCCACGCACUGCUCUGCUCCGCAGCAUCACAGACCCCCGCUCUAAAGAAGUACUGGACCAUGGACUUGUCCUGUGGUUCCCAGGUCCUCGUAGUUUCACCGGAGAAGACAGCGUGGAGUUCCACAUCCACGGCGGUCCUGCUGUCAUUACUGCCGUCUUACAGGCUCUAGGAAGCGUGCCUGGCAUGAGGCCUGCUGAAGCCGGGGAGUUCACGCGGAGGGCCUUCAGCGCAGGCAAACUGGGUUUAACAGAGGUGGAAGGCCUCGGGGACCUUAUCCACGCAGAGACAGAGGCCCAGAGGAGACAGGCUCUGAGACAGAUGUCAGGAGAACUGGGACGCCUCUAUCAGGACUGGAGCCACAGACUGAAGCGGAGUCUGGCCCACGUCGAGGCCUUCAUAGAUUUCAGCGAGGAUGAGCUCAUCGAGGACGGGGUCUUAAACCAAGUGGACAGGUCGGUGUCUGAUCUGCAGGCGGAGAUGGAGCGACACCUCAACGACGAGAGGAGGGGCGAGCGGCUUCGCAGCGGCGUCCAGGUGGUCAUCGCAGGAGCCACCAACGCAGGGAAAAGUAGCCUCCUGAACACACUGUGCCAGAGACCUGCAGCCAUUGUUUCUCCCAUCGCCGGGACCACCAGAGACGUAGUGGAGACGGCCCUGGACAUCGGCGGCUUCCCCGUCCUCCUGAGUGACACGGCGGGCCUCAGAGACAGCCCAGACCUGGUGGAGAGAGAGGGCGUCCGCCGGGCGCGCGAAAGGGUGGAGCUGGCUGAUCUGACGCUGGUGGUUGUGGACUGUGCUGGUCUUCCUUCUGAGCUACAGCAAGCUGCAGGCUUCCUUCAGGAACACCUGAGGAGUGUGCUGCCCUCCCAGGAGCAGCCUGGCACAGACAGGUGUCUCCUGGUGCUGAAUAAAACUGAUCUGCUGCCUGAGAAGCAGAGGCAGAAGCUGGACAGGGAGCUGAGGGGGGUCUCUGGACUCCCUCCUGUCUGUCUGAUAUCCUGCCAGACUAAUGAAGGACUGAAGGACUUCCUCACAGUGCUGCACAGCAAAGUUAAGACUCUGUGUGGCGACCCUCUGUCUGGUGCCCCCACCCUGACCCAGGCUCGCCACAGGGCCCACCUGCAGCGGUGCGCGGCGGCCCUGGCUCAGUAUCAGCAGUACCGCGACACUGACCUCGCUCUGGCAGCGGAGGGCGUCCGGUUAGCUCUCACCAGCCUGGGCAGGAUCACUGGACGGGUCGGGGCAGAGGAGAUCCUGGAUAUCAUCUUCAAAGACUUCUGCAUCGGAAAAUAGUUAAGUAAGAGUGAAAACAUGAAAGAUAUAUGAUCACGGACCGCUCAGAGAGGAAGGCGUUACUGCAGGUUUGCAGUAUCAGUUCAGAAAACGGGCCAAAAACGGCACAGCCUUGGCACCGCGCCAGGCUUUGAGGCACAGACAACAGCAGAAAGAACCAAAUUCACGCUGUUGGCGGCAGAACAAUCCCAAGAUAAAGAAAUGUCUGUUUUCUGUUGUUGGUUAUUAUCAGACUGAAAUAGUUUCGGCGUGAUGGCAGGUGCCUCAGAGGCCCAAUGUACUGAGCUGUUUGGCAAGUCUUGAGUCGUGAGUUAAAAAUACAUUUGAAAGCCUUUGAUAGGUGAAUAUUGGCCUCUUGGGUCACGACACAACGGCCAAGAUCUUCUAAAAUAAAACCAGCUGCAGACCUCUGCAAGGUCAUGCACGGACGGUCUGGAGGUUUACUGGAACUGCAGGAAGAUGAAUGUUUGGUGUUGUUUUUAUUGUUGUUGUUUUGUGUGGUGUUGAGGGACAGAGGGAGCUGUUUGUCCCAACACAGGAUACACACCAGAACUUACUGGAACAAACAAAAAUGUUUGCUUUGAUUGUGUGAACUGUCUUUUUUUUAUUAUUAUCACAUACAGUAAUUCAUGUUACACGAGCUGCUGAUGGUCUUGUGGCCUUCUCACGUUACAUCCAGUCACCUGAUCCAUCGCUAGUAUAGAUUCAGGAGCUCAGCAUUAAAUCAUAAGUUACAGAGGAUUUCUUUUUUUUUUUACUAUAGAUGCCAUUACAGGCUUCAAGUCUUCUCACUGUAACCAAAGUUUCUGCAGCGUUUUAGUAAAGACAUGCCAAAGA